CAAAUGUAGAUUUCCUUAUCAAAGCUGUAGUGAGAUUUUGUUUCACAGCCCUAAAAACAUUAAGGAACAUGUUUUUCAUCUUUGGUUUUCUCUGUUGCCUGAUGGGUGUGUUUGGUGCUGAUGCAGGUGAAGUGAAGUCAGUGUCAGUGAUGGAGGGACGUUCUGUUACUCUACACAUGAAUGAUACUAAAAUACAGAACGAUACACUGAUAAUGUGGACGUUUGGACCUCAAGAGACUCUCAUUGCUAAAGUCAGAGCUAAUAAUACAGUCACACAUGCUGAUGUUCUGGAUGGGAUGUUCAGAGGCAGACUGCAGGUGGAUGAUCAGACUGGAUCUCUCACCAUCACAGACAUCACAACUCAACACUCUGGACUUUAUCACAUGACCAUCAGCGGCCAACAAAAGACCUCAUACACAUUCAGUGUUACUGUCUAUGAAGCGAGUCUGACCGUUGUGAUCUGUUGUGUUGUUGGAGCUCUGUUGAUCGUAACUGCACUUCUGAUCUUCUACAUCUGGAGGAAACACACAAACACACAACAAGAAGCGGUUCAGAGCGGUGAAGAGGAGAUCACUUACUCAGAUCCAACGUUCCAUAAAAGACAAACACACCAAGCGAGAGCAGAAGUGGAGGACGAGGUGAUGUACGCCAGCGUCAAUAAAAGACGAUGAUCAAUCUCACAUUGUGAUGUAUUCAAGUUCAUUGUCACUUCAGCUUUAAUGUCUGUUUCAUUUCAAACAAUCGGCAGUGCUUCUGUUGUUUAGUAAUAUGCUGUUGUGUAGUUUGUCAUACUUAAUUGUGUAUUAUGAGAUUUAAAGAUACCAAAAGGCCCAACAUCACAAAGUCUACUACAACUUAAGAGAUGCGAGAUUUUACUGCAUGUCAACGACAAUUCACCAUAGAGUAAAUAUUAUUUACAGAAUGACUAGAGAAUAUUGUCAUAAAUAACUGAGAGUGUGGGUAUGAGCAAAGGGUCAUUGUGGUUUUAAAAGCACGCUGUGUUUCUAGUAUUUUAGUUGGUCUGGCAGCUUCUUGUCUGGGUGAAAGUCAAACCUGAUGUGGAAAGAAAUGUGGUUUUGUUCUGCUGGUAAAUAUAAGAUGUGUGUUGGUCUGCUCGUGGCCAUUUGUGGUUAAUGUACAUCUGUGUGUGUGUGAGAGAGGUGUGGUUUGCUCAAAAAACACCUUUAACAAAGUUCAGUUUAA